AUGCCCAGUUUGUGUGAGCAGAGGUUUGUCACUUGUGAGAUUGGCUGUGUACGUUAUUCUCAAUGGGAUGGCAUAAUGGUAACUUUUCAUGAAUUCAUUGAUCCUGGAGAACUUCCUCGGGGAUUUCGCGAUCACUGCCAAUUAGGAAGUUCAUCAACUCAUCAGAUACCGGUUUCGGGCUUUGAACUUGCAAAUGGAGACUACCAUAACCUAUUCCGUAACCUUUGUGAAUUCGUCUGUCCAGCCUUUGGCAUGGUGCCGACCGUAUACUGCAAGGCAAAUGAUGCAUACAGAAAUAAGUGGUGUCUGCAGUGGCUGGCUACAAAAUCAAGAAUCGAUAACCGUUUUGAAAUAUUUGAUGUGGAAAAUUUAAUUGUAAAACUUUAUGGACACAAGCUUGGAGAAGACCCUUCAAGAGCUAGUGUUUCUCGUUCCCUUGGAGCAGUUUACUGGGAUUAUGCGAGUAACACUAGAUGCAAAUGGCAUGAAGAAAGUGAUAUAUGGUCCUGUGCUCUUGCAAGCUGCAGGCUAAUAGGGAUCACAUAA